CUACACGUCGCUGCCGUAAGCAGCAAUAAUAACAUGUGCGAGCCCACACGCAAGCUCUCUCUUCUUCAUCACCUCCUCCGACACAUUACUCACAACCCCUCUUCACAUUUUUCAAAACAACGCGUCUCGCUUUCUUGAAGAAAAUUUGUUCUCUUUGCGCGUGUCCCGUUCUCUUCUCCAAUCCUCCAAACUCAUCCAAAAAGUAAAAAGAAUAAGACCCUUAGUCUAUAUUUAUAUCAUAUUAGAAUACAUACCCAAAUGGAGGUUAAGCUAUGGAAUGACAAGCGUGAGAGAGAAAUGUAUGAUAACUUUGCCGAGCUUUAUGCAAUAAUUAAGGCCACCGAGAAGCUUGAAAAGGCUUAUGUUCGUGAUAUAAUAUCCCCAUCUGAAUAUGAAACAGAGUGCCAAAAACUCAUUGCCCAUUUUAAGACCUUAGCUUCUACACUCAAAGAUACAGUCCCAAGCAUUGAGAGGUUUGCAGAUACUUAUAAAAUGGAUUGCCCAGCAGCUAUAAACCGCCUGGUGAUCUCUGGAGUGCCUGCCACGGUGGAGCACCGUGCUGCUGCAUCCACCAUGGCAGACCCUAAAAUUGUGGCAGAAUGUACCACGAAUUUCAUUACUGCAAUGGACGUGUUGAAGUUGAAUAUGGUGGCAGUUGAUCAGGUGCACCCUGUGCUCUCAGAACUCUCAGCUUCGCUUACUAAGUUUGCUGUUCUUCCACCAGAUUUCGAGGGGAAGACGAAGAUGAGGGAGUGGCUUUCUAGGUUGUCAAGGAUGAGUGCAGCAGAUGAGUUGACAGAGCAGCAGGCUAGGCAGCUCCUUUUUGAUCUGGAUUCAUCAUUCAAUUCAUUUAUGGCAGCUUUGCCUAAUUCUGGUACUUGAUUGAUUUUGGUAAGCAUGUAAAUAAGGGCGAUGUUCUUUUGUUUCAGUAAUUAGAUGAAGUAUUUUGUGCAUUUUGCAACUUCUCUUGGUAGAUCCUCGGUGAUGAUUGUAAGAGCUCCAUAUUUGUGACUGCUUAUACAUUUAGAAUGGCUGUCUAGUGGUUCUGAAUGUUGAUUCGUGCUUUAAAGAUAUGGUAUUUUUAUGAUAAUGUGGAAGAACUCAAUAUGGUUUCUUUGUUCA